AUGGUGCCGGGCGUGUGGUGUGCCGUGGUGUGGUGGUGCGUCUGGUUCGGGCGGGCGCGGAGCGAAACGAUCCACUUCACCAACUCUCCACACUCGCUGGGGACGUCGAGAAACUUUACCACCUACGAGAUUGCGGUGCCGGGCUCGAAACCGAUCACCAUCAUCGAGGCGAACGAUCCACCGGCCUCGGCCGAUCGUCGAGCUGACCCGGUGCGUCCCAACCCGUCCCCGACCACCAACUUCCGGACCAGCACGGGCAUACGGGUCAGCAGGCCAGCAGCAGCGAGCGGUGACAGCGAGCUGGGCGCCGCCGGAACACGCAAAACGCUCUACUCGCCCGAGCUGCUGAACAAGUUCCUGAAGGAGUACUCGGAGAAGCUGCAGAACGCGGAUUCGGUCACACGCCAGCGGCUGAACGAGAUCAGCAUGAUCACCAGCAGCAGCGGCGACCCAACCCGUGCUCAUGACGACCAUCGUGUGGAGGAGGAUUGGCCUCCGAUGGCGGCCGACAACAAGGUCCCGGACGACGGAGCGAAGCAACAGGAUGAGCUCAUAUUCGACGAGACUCACGAGCGGAACGUGAUGGCCAUGGGGGGUGGUGGCGGAGGGCUCAACAAGCGAUGGUACCAGGAGCCCGCUUCAGGCGGAGGUUACACCGCGCACCACCACCAGCAGCAGCAUAAGAACCACCCGUGGAACGUUAAGGAUGGCUGGGUUACGCUGGAGGCGGUGCCGUGGUCGGAGAGCAAGGUGUCCAAAUGGCACGCCGCCAGCCCGGACGGGUCGAAGAAGCGCCCCGCGAAGGGUCCCCAGCCGUUGGCCCAGUACUGGGACGACAGUGAGGAAGCGACCCCGGACAAAUACCGACCGAUCGCGGCCAUCUACCCGUCGUCCAGUUACUACCACCAGCCCGACGCAUCGUCCACGGACACGGAGGAGUUCGGUUAUGGUGCGGGAGCUGGGCCCAACCGUGGAUCCAAUCCGACCGCCCCUCCUCCCACGGACUCUCUGUAUAACCGGCGGCGUCCUGCUUCGACGCUCUACAGCGAGCGUCCCGAGGGCGAUCGGAUUAGGCCGGCAACCGAUCGGUGGUACGAUCAGCAGGGCCCGCAAGUCGAUCCUUACGAUAGCGGACCGACGGCGGGACAUCGGGACCGGGACAUUAUCACCGAUGGCCGUCCGCCCAACUUCCCGAAGUACGCCACCGAGCAGCAGCAACAUUCGAUGCCGGUGCAGUCAGCGUACGGCUCUGCGCCGGCAGAUCCUCACAAGGUCCGGCCCGGCUCGUACCCGGAUCGGGGAAACGGCGAAUGGGUGCUGAUCAGCACCACCAAAGGCUACCAGUACCCCAAGCGACGCCACGGCCAGCGGGCCAUCACCUUCUCGCCACCGGCCACCGCCACCAGCCACCAGUCGGUCAAGCUGACGGUGCUGCCGAUGAAGAAUGCCGUGGACAUGACCACCUCGCACAACGGCCUCAUCGAGGUGUCCUCGUCGACGCAGACGGUCGAAGAGGCGGUCCAGCAGCAGUCUCAGAGUGCGAAGCGGAAGCCUGUGGCCGACGCGGCCACUAAACCGCACCGGAAAAGGAACCCAACGACGACGGCCGGCUUCUCGGUGAUGCACCGUCGGGAUGCGGCCCAGGAUAGUACGGCCGUACUAGCGGCCGUCGGUGCCGGCAUGGUGCCCGCAACGAUGGCAAUCCUAGCCCCGAUGGUACUCGGCCGGAAGAGGAAGAAGUAG